AUGACGUCAACACAGCGGAGCGAGAGCUUUAACAGGUUAGUGAAGAGUAGUUUUGUAGACCACCAAACAGCACUGCACAGGUUUGCUCGGAGGAUACUUGAGGUGGUACUUUCAAGGAAGGAGAAGGAGGCUGCAGAGACGCGAGCUUGUCAGGAUGUACCAAAUGUGAAGACAGCAUGGCCUUUUGCAGAGCAGCUUUCUAGAGUGUACACCCGUGCAGUGUUCAAAGUGUUCGAGAAUACGCUAGAUGAAAGUGUUCAUUUUAGGAUUGAGCAAUAUGGAGUGGACCAGACACAAUGGAUUAUUUCUCACAGCAAGCGUUCAGAGAAGCAUGACUGGUGCCAACGUCAAUUCAAGGUAACGGCGGACGUAGUUAAUGGGCAGUUCAUCUGUUUGUUCUGUCCCCAUUUACUGAGAGCGUUCGUGCAUGUUCAAGUUGAGAAGAUCCCUCAUACAUAUGUACUGCGUCGUUACUCAAGGGAAGCAAAGAGUGAUGUCAAUUUUGACCGGCGUGAUCGUCCAAUAGCGGGGCUAGAUGGUGUUAAAUUAUCAAACAGGACAAAGGUGUUGUCAUUGGAUGCACAGCAACUAGUAAAGUGGGGGAGGAGGUCGUCAGUUGCUUUCGAAAGGGCGACAUCAGUGAUGAAAGGGCUGAGAAAUCAGCUGGAAGAGAUUCCGGCAGAUGUGCACGGGUUAGAUGCAGAUGAUGGUGUGAGUGAGCAUGAGGUUGAAGUUGGCGAUGGAGCUAGGCCAUCAAUAUAG